GAAGAAGAAGAAGAAGAAGAAGAGCAGAGCCCGGUCCCAGCCGCAGCCCGAGCCGCUGCCUGCUGCUCUCCCGCCGGCCGCAGGUUCCCAUGUGUGGUACAUCAAAAGAUUUAGUGUCAAGGAUUUAACCUGAGUGGGCUGCACUCACUCUCCUGUAGGAAUUUCAAAAUGAUGGAACCAGACCAUGGUGGAGCAGAGAAAUAUGGAUUUUGCCAAUGAAUCCUGUGGCCUGUAAUGGAUUCAUCCCAGGAAGUGAGAGUCAAGCUUAUGGAAAGGAGUUUGAGACUGGCAAAGUAAUAAUUUAAAAAACCCUCAUGCCAAAAACACCUGUCUGCACCAAUGCAAGUUGAUCUGGAGCUUCAUGCUUAGUGCUGAUGAUGAAUUGCCUGUGGUUUUGGGGAGGCUAAUUCUUGCUUUCGAUUGUAUUGGAAAUCUGAAGUUGAUGCUCAUGAGAAGCAAAAUCAGAGAACGUGGGUUACUCGGUGUGCCUGAAGAUCACAGAGGCAGCAGCCAAACGACAAAACUUCUCUUUGAAGCAGUGGCUUCAGCUGUGUCAUUGUGUGCACUGGGAACGGAGAGAAAUAGCAGCCAGCCUGGGAGAAGAUGCCAGCUAAAGGGAAAUACUUCUUCAACGAGAGCGAUGACGGCAGGAUAUCGGACCCGCUCUACGAGAAGUACCGCUACACCAGCCAGCAGCAUCCUCUCCUGCUGCUGCUGCUCUUCAUUGCCAUCCUCUUCUGGACUACUCUUAUUAUAAUCUUCUUUGUUACUGCUGAAGCUCAUUCCCACCUUGCCUUCAUCAUCGCCGUGUGCGCUGCCCUGGCCGUGUUUGCAGCCAUGUACUUGCUGCUGUGCAUGGAGUCCCUGUUCCGCAGGUGGCUGGCGCUGUUUGGAGUGAUGGCUUGGGUCUGCUUCCUCACUGUGGGAUAUGUUUCCCUUUUUGAAAAAGGAAGUGAUUAUCAGCUGUGGGAACAGGUGCCAUUCUUCCUGUUCAUAAUCUUCACAGUUUAUACCAUGUUACCCUUUGGGAUGAGAAGUGCUGUCAUAAUUAGUGCUGUUUCUGCUCUCUCCCAUAUUGUUGUUUUAACUGUAGUAAGUGUGACAACUCAAGGAAAUAAGGAACCCAUUCCAUUUCAGCUCCUUGCCAAUGCUGUGAUUUUCCUUUGUGGCAACUUCAUGGGUGCAUUUCACAAACGUCAAAUGCAGGUUGCUUCAUGGGAUUUGUACAGAUACACCUUAAAGUGCAUUCAGGUCCGAAUGAAACUGAAGAUUGAAAAGAGGCAACAAGAAAAUUUGCUUUUAUCCAUCCUGCCUGCUCAUAUCUCCAUGGAAAUGAAGCUGGCAAUCAUUGAGCGACUGAAGGAAACUAAUGAUAACAGGCAGAUGCAUGACAACAACUUCCACAGCCUAUAUGUAAAAAGACACCAAAAUGUUAGCAUUCUUUAUGCAGACAUCGUAGGAUUCACUCGCCUUGCUAGUGACUGCUCUCCUAAGGAACUUGUAGUGAUGCUGAAUGAACUAUUUGGAAAGUUUGAUCAGAUUGCAAAGGAGAAUGAAUGCAUGAGAAUAAAAAUCCUGGGAGACUGUUACUACUGUGUCUCAGGCCUGCCUGUGUCCUUACCAGUUCAUGCCAGAAACUGUGUUAAAAUGGGGCUCGACAUGUGUGAAGCAAUAAAGCAGGUGAGAGAAGCCACGGGUGUGGACAUCAACAUGAGGGUUGGGAUCCACUCCGGGAACGUGCUGUGCGGGGUGAUCGGCCUGAGGAAGUGGCAGUACGACGUGUGGUCGCACGAUGUGUCCCUGGCCAACCGCAUGGAGUCCGCCGGAGUGCCGGGCCGUGUUCACAUCACUGAAGCAACGUUAAAUCACCUAGGCAAAGCUUAUGAAGUAGAAGAAGGGAAUGGACACCUGAGGGAUCCUUACCUUGAAUCCAUGAAUAUCAAAACCUACUUAGUGGUCGAUCCAAGGUCCAAGCAAUGCCUAUCAAACAAUCACCUCCCCAAAACGCGCGUGAACGACGGGCUGAAGAUGCGCGCGUCCGUGCGGAUGACGCGGUACCUGGAGUCCUGGGGCGCGGCGCGGCCCUUCGCCCACCUGAGCCACCGCGAGAGCGUCAGCAGCGACUCCUCGGGCUCGCAGGGCCGGCGCAGGAAGGAAAUACCCUUGUGUUCUACUGGGCGCCAGAGAACUUCUGAUAGAAAUUCAUCUCAGAAGGGAAGGAUAGAGGAAGAUAUUUAUGAUGAAAUGAUGUCAACCAUUGAAGGCCUCAGUUCAACUACUCCCUGGUGUGGCAGGUCAGAUGACUUCUGUGGAUUCUCACUCAUCUUUGCAGAACCUGGUCUUGAAAAAGAGUAUCGCACCAUUCCUAUUCUAAAACUCAAGAGUUACUUCGUGUGUGCCAGCUUUGUGUUCCUCUGUAUAUUUGUGAUCCAGAUGCUUAUCAUGCCAAAAACGGCAGAAGUGGGAAUUUCCUUUGGAGUUGUUGCAGUCAUCAUUGCGCUUAUUUUGUUUGUGUGCUUUGCUGAGAAGUGUCUGAAGUGCUGCUCAGAUCAGCGGCCUCUCCUGCGCCAUCUGUGUGCCGUCUCAGAGAAGGUGGAAACAAUGCCUUUACUUAGGCUGCCUUUAGCAGUCAUCACUAUAGCUGCCUUGCUGAUUAUAGCCAUUUUUAACUUGACUACUGAAAAGAACAAACCUGCCAACUUUACUGGAUCAAAUGACCUGAGUGCUACCACCUAUGCUUUUGGAAACACAACUCAUUCCUGCAUAGAGGAAACUUAUUAUGCUUACUGCUGCAUAUUGGGGUUCAUUGCCUGCUCGGUUUUUCUUCAAAUGAGCUUCGAACUCAAAGUUCUCCUCCUGUCCAUUGCUGUGACUGUCUACCUCAUCAUUUUUAAUACCCUUCAACACAAAGACAACUAUGGCAACAGUACCAGGUUUUUCAUCAAAGAACCAAGGAUAAUGACUAAUUUAUAUCUGGUUCUGUUUUACGUAACUCUAGUUUUACUUGCAAAACAGAUUGACUAUUACUGUCGACUGGAUUGUCUGUGGAAAAAUAAGUUUAAAAAAGAACAUGAACAAUUUGAAACUAUGGAGAAUGUUAACAGGCUUUUGCUGGAAAAUGUACUUCCAGCACACGUUGCUGCAUAUUUCAUUGGAGAAAAACGAAAUGAGGACUGGUACCAUCAAUCCUACGACUGUGUCUGUGUCAUGUUUGCAUCGGUACCAGAUUUUAAGGUGUUUUACACUGAAUGUGAUGUCAAUAAAGAAGGUUUGGAAUGCUUGAGGCUGUUAAAUGAAAUCAUUGCUGAUUUUGAUGAGCUCUUGUUAAAACCUAAAUUUAGCGGUGUUGAGAAAAUAAAAACAAUUGGAAGCACUUACAUGGCAGCAGCUGGUCUCAGUGUUACACCAGGCCAGGAGAACAACCAGGAUAGGGAAAGGCAGCACGCUCACAUUGGGAUUAUGGUGGAGUAUGGAAUUGCCCUGAUGAGUAAACUGGAUGGCAUCAACCGACAUUCCUUUAACAACUUCCGCCUGCGCGUUGGGAUCAAUCAUGGUCCAGUGAUUGCUGGUGUGAUUGGUGCCCGGAAGCCUCAGUAUGACAUUUGGGGCAACACUGUUAAUGUUGCCAGCCGAAUGGAGAGCACAGGGGAGCUUGGCAAGAUCCAGGUCACAGAAGAAACAAGCAAAAUACUACAGGAGCUGGGAUACUCAUGUGAAUGUAGGGGACUCAUUAAUGUCAAAGGCAAGGGAGAACUGAGGACUUACUUUGUUUGCACUGAGACAGCCAAAUUCCAAGGCAUGGGACUGAACUGAGGCUACAAUGAAGUUAAUCAAAAUAGACUUAGAUCUGCCUCCCUUCUGUGAAGACGUAGAAUUUCCCUCCUUAUGUGAAGGACUAUUAUUCUAAAAACAUGUAUAUACUGUUCCUAUCUCUUCUACAUCUCAAGAUGAGAGAAUUUUUUUUUAAAUAAUGAAGAAUUCUGAGAGGUUCCUAGAAGAUACACAACUGUCAGUCUGAAAAUGACUACUUUUUCCUGAAGUAAUUUGAAGAUUUAUCUGGAAUUGCCAUGAAGCAUUUUCAGUUAGUUGUUUUCCUCACACUGGGAGUCUUAGCAGCUCAGUGACAGCCGGUGUGGAUGCACUGUAGAAGCCAUUCCCAUGUUAAAACAUUCCACUGCCUGCUUGGCACACACCUGCUUACAGUAUUGUGUUUGUCCUGACGUGUGUGCUGAUACUGAGGGCACUGCGUAUCCUGCUUUUAAUGCUGAACAGACUGCACAGCAGAAGACAGCUGAAUAAUGGGAAGAGGAAUACAAGGAAACUCAAGUGUGUCACAUGGACCAUGCAUGUGUCAAAGGCUCCUUUAAGCAGUCCGUCAUGUCAUGUUAGGUAAAGUGACCAUUUGCCUCAUGAAUCUAUUUUGAAAAAUGAUUAUGCCUAUAAAUAGAGCUGGCUCUGAAGUGCUCCUGUUCACAGAACUACUAGACUGUAGAUGUAAGUUAUCUAUGAAAGAACAUUUGCUGUCUGUACCAGCAUUUUGAAAUACUUUUGUUUACAUGGUGUUGCCUGUCAGGCUGGUAACUUAUUUGGGUGUAACUUCAACUCAACCUCAUUUGCAGAAGUGGCAGGAAGAGCUGCAGCUUCCAAAGGGGAAGGAGUUGGGUUUGGUUGCAGGUUUAAAAAGAAUGCUCACUUGGUGUGCUGUGCACAGCCUUCUUGGAGAAGUCAGAAACUGUGUGUACUGAAAAAGAGGAUGACUAAUUUCUCACCAGAUCUGGAACUCUACAAUAUGAGAACUAUAUUCAACCACAGAAAAAGUUCAACUUAAGAAGCAACUGUAUUGAAAUAAUUCUUUUCAGCAGUCCUUCUGAGAGUGAACUGUGAAACUUAACAUUGAGGAAAGAAUCUCAGUGGAAAAAUCUUUCUUGCAGCAUUAUUUUUUUCUUAAAUAGAAAAAAUGGCACUGUAUCUAAUUUGAAGAGCUAAUAACAUCUGGAACUAGAAAUCUGUUUUAAAGAACAAACUUUUGUUUUUACUAUGAAAUAAAAAACUCAUUGAAAUGUG